AUGUCAUUUGUCUUCCCUCCUCCAGCUCCGGCAGAAGAUCCAGUGGCCAAUUCGGCAUCCUACGGUAUUGGCUCGAGUCUGGCGAUAUCCUGGACUGACACUAACUCGACCUGGUCGAACGCAACACUGGUGUUGAUGAAGAAUGAUGGCAACAAUACCUGCACCCUUUUGAAUCUUGGGGCGGCAUAUUGUCAAGCCAUUCAACCCUCCUUCAGUGCAUCCGACUCCCAUGGAUUUUCGUGGAGGGUCAGCACUUACGAUUACCCUCAGUAUCCUACAGACACCAAUCCUUUCUAUUACUUGAUCAUGGGCGCCUUCGACAGCAGUGGUCUUGUGAAUAAAUUUUACUCUCACGGGUUCUUCAUUUAUCCACCAGACAGUGUACCGAGCGUGACGUACGCGGGAUCAACGUCGUCAACAACCGUCACUUCCACUCCUGAUUCGUCAACUACUACUACCACUACCUCGUCUUCGAUCACCUUGUCACUCACAUCCUCAACAAUCCCAUCGACCACCGCUGGAGCCUCUUCCGGGCUGGACACGGGGACCAAGACAGCCAUCGGCGUCGCAGUCGGGCUCGGUAUCCCUCUCGUCAUCGCCCUGAUCUUCAUCGCGUUCCUCUUUUUCAAGAAAAGGCAAAAUCAACCACCUGCACCAGAUCUAGCUCCAGCCACAACGGGGAAUGAGCAGAUAAGUAAACAUUUGUCCGAGUCUUCCCGUAAUGGCAGUGAGUCUUGGGCGACCACUGGAAUGCGAUACCCCUCAGAGCUAAGCUCAGGACCGAUCCCGAUACCACAACCGCAUGGCUGGCAGUCUCAAAAUCCGCAGCCAUACCUUUCGGAAUUGUCGGCAAAUAGGCGCUCUUCGCAGUGA